GCCUGGGGCUGGUAAGUUUCUUUCAAUUCUUUUGUCCCCUGAGGACUGGCAAAGGGAGGUUCCUGGACUUUAAGGGACAUGGAUAAAAGUUGAAGUCUCUAAAGGAAAAUCUGCGAGUGAAAAAUCUAAGUAACUCUUCUGCCUCUACCAAGGUUGGGCUGCUUUCCUUCCAACAUCAUACAUUAUAAUUGAGGUUCAGGAAUCUGCGGUGCAAGCACCUAAUUUCACAGAAGUCUAUCCAGUAGAGAUCGCCUACUUGCUCCUCGGGUGGACAACGUGUGUGACGGAGAAAACUUUGGGCGUCAGCGUUCCCUGGUGCUUAGGGGCACGGGACACCGUCAGUGACUAAUCCAUUCAGGCAUGAGGAGAAAGGCAGAAAUUCUCCAGAUGUCUUCCAGUAAUGACCAAGUUUUUGUCCCAAUGGCACAAAGAAACACCAGUUGCCUCCCUGGGAUGACCUCCAAUGACCUGAAGACAUUAACUGAAGGGGCAGUAUUAAGUUUUCAUAACAUCUGCUAUCGAGUUAAAGUGAAGAGUGGCUUUCUACUUGGUCGAAAAACAGUUGAAAAAGAAAUACUGUCAAAUAUCAAUGGGAUCAUGAGACCUGGCCUCAAUGCCAUUCUGGGACCCACGGGUGGAGGAAAAUCUUCGUUGUUAGAUAUCUUAGCUGCAAGGAAAGAUCCACAUGGAUUAUCUGGAGAUGUUUUGGUAAAUGGAGCUCCUCAACCUGCCAAUUUCAAGUGUAAUUCAGGUUAUGUGGUGCAAGAUGAUGUUGUGAUGGGAACUCUGACAGUGAGAGAAAACUUACAGUUCUCAGCAGCUCUUCGGCUUCCGUCAACUAUGACGAAUCAUGAAAAAAGUGAACGGGUUAACAAGGUCAUUCAAGAGUUAGGUCUGAGUAAAGUGGCUGAUUCCAAGGUUGGAACUCAGUUUAUCCGAGGUGUGUCUGGAGGAGAAAGAAAAAGGACUAGUAUUGGGUUGGAGCUUAUCACUGAUCCCUCAGUCUUAUUCCUGGAUGAACCAACAACUGGCUUAGACUCCAGCACAGCGAGUGCUGUCCUUCUGCUCCUGAAGAGGAUGUCUAAACAGGGACGAACAAUCAUCUUCUCCAUUCAUCAGCCUCGUUAUUCCAUCUUCAAGUUGUUUGACAGCCUGACCUUGUUGGCCUCAGGAAGAUUAAUGUUCCAUGGGCCUGCUCAGGAGGCUUUAGGGUACUUUUCAUCAGCUGGCUACCACUGUGAGGCCUAUAAUAAUCCUGCAGACUUCUUCCUGGAUAUCAUUAAUGGAGACUCCUCUGCUGUGGUAUUAAACAGGGAGAACCGAGAUGGUGAAGCCAAAGAGACUGAAGAGUCUUCCACAGGAGAUACUCCACUCAUAGAAAAAUUAGCUGAGUUUUAUGCCCGCUCCACCUUCUUCAGAGAAACACAAGUUGAGUUAGAUCAACUCUCAGGACAUCAGAAAAAGAAGAGCCCAGCCUUCAAGGAGAUCACCUAUGCUACCUCCUUCUGUCAUCAACUCAGAUGGAUUUCUAAGCGUUCAUUCAAAAACUUACUGGGUAAUCCCCAGGCCUCUGUAGCUCAGCUCAUUUUAACAGUCAUCCUGGGAUUGGUUAUAGGUGCCAUUUUCUAUGAUCUAAAAAGUGAUCCUACGGGAAUCCAGAAUAGAUCUGGGGUGCUUUUCUUCCUGACAACCAACCAGUGUUUCAGCAGCAUGUCAGCUGUGGAGCUCUUCGUUGUGGAGAAGAAGCUUUUUAUACAUGAAUAUAUCAGUGGAUACUACAGAGUGUCAUCUUAUUUCUUUGGAAAACUGAUAUCUGAUUUACUACCUAUGAGGCUAUUACCAAGUAUUAUAUUUACUUGUAUAACAUACUUCUUGUUAGGAUUGAAACCAGUGGUAGAUGCCUUCUUCAUCAUGAUGUUCACCCUUAUGAUGGUGGCUUACUCAGCCAGCUCCAUGGCACUGGCCAUAGCAGCAGGGCAGAGUGUGGUGUCCGUAGCAACACUUCUUACGACCAUCUCUUUUGUGUUUAUGAUGAUAUUUUCAGGGCUGUUGGUGAAUCUCAGAACCAUUGUGCCUUGGCUCUCUUGGCUUCAGUACUUCAGCAUUCCUUGCUACGGCUACACAGCUUUGCGGCAUAAUGAAUUUUUGGGACUAAACUUCUGUCCAGGACUCAAUGUAACAAGAAAUGGAACCUGUAGCUAUGCCAUGAUGCUAACAGACACACCUGCCUCCCAUCUACCUAUCAAAUCUUGUGUGGAACUCUCAAACUCAAGCUGAACCCUUGCUGUGAGAUUUGCUAAUGGUACCAGCCCAUCCUGAGCUGUCCUGGAGAGAAUUCAACAGCUUCACUAAAAGAGAUAGACCUUCCCUUGGGUAUGUAGUGCCACCUGCUGGACAUCCAGAGAAACAGCGCCAUCUAGCUUUGAAGUCCCUGAUGAAGAAAGCCCACUUGGAAGGUAGCAAUCACUCUUCAAAUGAAUUGACUUAUGAAGAAAAAAAACACAGCAUGAAAUAGAGAACUUUAAAUGAGGACCAGAAAAGAAGGAAAGGAGAAUGUUAAAAAGUAUAAGAAUACAAGGCGAGUCUCCUUCUUCCAGAGAUAAAGAAAUGGAGAUAUUCAGAUUUCUUAAAAGGGCCCUUCCUGCCCUGCGACAUAUGCUGUAUUAUGAUUAUGUUGUUCAUUUCCUCAUUUUCAUUACUUCUGUCCUCUUGGUUAAGUAGCCUGAUUCUAAAGACCUAAGGGCUAGAACUAACACUGACAAGAUGGAAAAAAAGCUCUUGAUGUGCACUUAGCUGCUCCAAAUGAACAUGCAAACAGGAUCUGUGGUUCCUAAAGCCCACUGAUGAGAUAAUUCAUCCAAUAUCAAAAAUCCUUUGGCAAUCUUUUGGGUAGAAUUCUGCCCUUACUAUUAUUAUACAAUAGGCAUCACCCUACAGUCGUUUCAUGUGUAAUUCCUAAUCUUCAUAAAAUCUCUUAAUAUUUUACAAAUGAGGAAACAAAGGCUCAAAAGAGUUAAACAACUUCCUCAAGCUUCCUAGUACAUAAGUGGUAGAGCUGGGCUUUGAAUCCAGGUCUCUGUGAUACAAAAAAAAAAACCCAAAAACUAUAUUUUUCCUAUAUGUUAAGCUGCCUUUCAGAACCCUAUCUACUUCAGAUCAAGAGCUUCCAAUAUGCAAGGCAUAGGGCUAGAUGCAUUACCUCAUUUAGUCACAGAGUAAUGCAUUUGAGUUCAUUAUCAUGGUCAUUUGAUAUUGACAUUGCUAGCAAGAUUUUAAAACCAGUAAUUAAAAAGGUUUUGAGCAAUGGGGAAAGGAUUCAAUCACUGGAAACUAGUAAGGCUUUGCUAUGAGUAAAUCAUGCCUGCCUAUCUUCACUUCCUUUUAAAUUUGGCCAACAGAUGAUAGAGAAAUGGUGGAGUUAUUUAGACAGGCAUUUGAAAAAGUCUUUCUUAUGAUCCUCUUUUAUGAACAACCUGCACUACAUAGAAUAAUAAUAUCAUGUAAUCCAGUGAGCUCCACCCAAAGAGCUUUGACUGAUGUGCUGACUUCUCAGAUCAGUCUUUUUUGAUUUAUUAAUUUGCUAGGAUGAGGACAUGGAUGAUAUCAACUCCUCUGAUCCUCUGAAGCUGAGAGGAAUAGCUGAUAUAUAUGAAUGAACCUAGUCCAAGACAUUGUCAACACACCGGGAUGAUGAGCAGAUCCUAAUGAGAUGAAGUUUAACAGAACUGAAAGGGAGGUCCUCCACUAUGUCCCAGGAAAAAAUGCUCAAGGGAGACGAACAAAUCAUUUAUAUGAAAAGGCUAGCAAUGGCAGAAAGAAUGAACUACAGUGUAGUCAGUAUCUGGAGGAGGCAGUUCAUGGCCCCACUUCUCCACUUGUUCACAGGGGAGCUCCUGCUGGGCUUUCAAGGGGACUCACGGGACACAUGCUAAAGGGAGUUUCUGUCCUGUGGUAUGUCUCCAUGUACCUGAUCAACAAUUAAAGGAACUGGGAAGGUUUAACCUAGAGAAGACUUUUUGGGAGGUGGGAUGUCUGUAUCCAAACUUCUGAUGGGCUAUGUUGAUGAUGAGACAUGGAAAAGUAGUUGGUGUAAGUGGGCUCAGAGAGUAGAACUAAGAGUGGAAGUUAGAUGGGGGUAGUGUCUGGCUUCAUAUACGGAAGAACUUUCUAACAGCCGUAGAAAAACAAAAUGAACUAUUUCAAAGAAGUAAGUCCCUUACUCUGAAACUUUUGUUCCACCAGAGGCAGGAUGACUGACCAUUUGAGAGGGAUGGUGGAGGGGAAAUUCUGGCAUUCAGUGGAGGCUUGAUCGUAUUACUGCUAAAACCCCUUCUAAGCCAGAGACUCUACAAUACUCUGCAAAUGAAACUGUGCAUCUUAAGAUGCAGGGACAUACUAAAAGAAGAGAAGAAGAAAGUGAUGAGUCCAGUCAGAUGAAAAAAGUGUUGUGCUGGCUGAGCGAAGAUGACAUAACCCUCUGCAAGCUUGCUGGACACAGUUACGGUGGUUUUGGACUCGGCCUGCAGACAGAUAUGGUGGCCAUCAAACCCCCAUUGAUGGACGGUGCUGUAAAGUCACAUUGCUCACUACUUGGAAAAGCCUUCACGUUUUCCAAAAGAGACAAACUUCUCAAUCCCUUCAAUUAUAUUAUUAGGUGGGCUCUUAAUGGCAGCCAGCUUGGCCCUUGCAUAUUGCUGCACCCUUUUAUUCCAGACUUUAAGCCCUUCAGUCACUGAAACUUGAGCCACUUAUGUUACAAUCAAGCCACAAAGAGAACAGGGGAAAAUGGUAUGCCUUCUUUUACUUUGAAGAGAUGACUUCAUCACCAGUGGUUAUGUUUCUUUUAAGUCUCAGAAUACAUGAUAUAUUACUUCUA